UCUCUCUCUCUCUCUCUCUCUCUCUCUCUCUCUCUCUCCGGGAAACAAGAGACAUUCACAAAGGUGGAAAACAUUUGAAACGAAAAGCAAUAUGGUUUCUCCGGUGGCAAUUUCGACAAGCAAUGCUUCUUUCAGGCCAAGAGCCCAAACUGAAUUGGGCUUUAGGCCCAUCGGAAGGCACCAGACGAUAAAGUGCGCGGUGCAGAUCGAAAUCCCUAAGCUACCCCUAAAACGCCCUAUAAUUACACCCAAAACCACCACCGUCGCGCCGCCGCAGAAUCCUUCUCAGUGGAACCUCCUCCAGAGAGCGGCGGCGGCGGUUCUCGACACCGUGGAGCGCGCGUUGAUCUCAAGCGAGCAUUCGCUCCCUCGAACCAGCGAUCCACGAGUCCAGAUCGCCGGAAACUAUGCGCCGGUGCCGGAGCAACCCCUCCGGCGAUCUCUCCCCGUCGAAGGAACAAUUCCCGACUGCAUUGACGGCGUCUACGUCCGGAACGGCGCAAACCCCAUGUUCGAGCCCAUCGCUGGUCACCACCUGUUCGACGGCGACGGAAUGGUUCACGCCGUUAAGAUAACCAACGGUUCGGCUAGUUAUGCCUGCCGGUUCACGGAAACCGAGAGGCUGAUUCAGGAGAAACGGCUGGGCCGGGCGGUUUUCCCGAAAGCCAUCGGCGAGCUCCACGGACACUCGGGGAUCGCUCGUCUCUGUUUAUUUUACGCACGUGGGUUAUUUGGUCUCAUCAACCAUCAAAACGGCGUCGGAGUGGCCAACGCCGGUUUGGUUUACUUCAAUAACCGGCUUCUAGCCAUGUCCGAGGACGAUUUACCCUACCAAUUGAGAAUUACACAAACCGGAGACCUCGAAACGGUGGGGCGUUUCGAUUUUAACGGCCAGUUAAAAUCCGCCAUGAUCGCCCACCCGAAAAUCGACCCUGAUACGAAGGAGCUCCACGCCUUGAGCUACGACGUCGUGAAGAAACCUUACCUGAAAUACUUCAGAUUCUCGCCGGACGGCGAGAAAUCACCGGACGUGGAGAUCCCGCUCGAGUCUCCGACCAUGAUCCACGAUUUCGCGAUAACGGAAAAUUUCGUGGUGAUACCAGACCAUCAAGUCGUGUUCAAGCUCGGAGAGAUGAUCGCCGGAAAAUCUCCGGUGGUUUAUGACAGGAAUAAGCCGUCGAGAUUCGGGCUAAUGCCUAAGGGCGCGACGGAUUCCGCCGAAAUAAUCUGGGUAGAGUCGCCGGGAACUUUCUGUUUUCACCUGUGGAAUGCUUGGGAAUCGCCGGAGACGGAGGAGGUGGUGGUAAUCGGAUCGUGUAUGUCGCCGGCGGAUUCGAUCUUCAACGAGAGUGACGAGAAUCUGAGGAGCAUUUUGUCGGAGAUGAGGAUAAAUUUGAGGACGCGCGUGAUCACCUGCCGCGCGUUGGUUAAGGAGGCUGAUCAGGUGAAUCUUGAGGCCGGUAUGGUGAACCGAAACCGGUUAGGUAGAAAAACCCGGUUCGCCUAUUUGGCUAUCGCUGAACCGUGGCCCAAGGUCUCCGGUCUAGCCAAGGUGGAUCUUUUCACCGGAGAGAUACAAAAGUACAUUUACGGCGGUAAAAAAUACGGCGGUGAACCAUUUUUCCUGCCUAGAGGAUGCGGUGACGGUGAAAAUGAAGACGACGGUUAUAUAUUCUGUCACGUUCACGACGAAGAAGAGUGGAAAUCCGAGCUCCAGAUAGUUAACGCCGUUAAUUUACAGCUCGAAGCCACCGUUCAUUUACCAUCUCGAGUUCCGUACGGGUUUCAUGGCACUUUCGUGGAUUCCAAGGAACUAGCUCAUCAAUUAUAGUACACGUGGCAUAUUUCUAUUUGAUUUUACAAUGGAUUGAAAUUAUCUUUAUAUAACUCACAGUUAGGCUUCCUAAUUUUUAU